GUCGCUUAGCAACCGGUUCUGCUAGCCAGCAGUGAAGCUAAUUUAGUACCGCAUGAUACGUGAGAUUUAUGUGCUUACUACAUGUGUCAUGUUUUUGUAACCACUUUAAAUACAAAACAGCGCGUCUCAAUCGUGACUCUGGCUGAUUGAAGAGAAGCUAACCGGGGGUGUUGUCACGUCGUGCCUGCCAACGCCUCGGAGAAACCAACUACCGCGGCGUCGAGUUACGCAACACGACGUGAAUCCGCUUGACUCCGCCGCCGCUGCGUCCGAAGCGUAAAACCCAGGCUCAUCACAUUUGCGCUCUCGUGUUUCGUCAGUGAUGCACUAUCCCGUGCCUUCCCCCCAUACGAGGCAUGUCUUCUCCACACCACACCACUCCAGCUUCCUCGCAUGAAUUCACCGCGCCGUCGCCUCUUCCCAGCUGAACAGGCUCUUUCGCCGUGAGGGUCGGUGUUUGUCCGGCCCACCGCAGCAGCCGCCCCGGCCGGCAGCUGUGCCCUCUGCUCCCGAAGGCAGUCCCCGACAUGACCUCCCCUUUCUGCGAUUCUGCCGAUACUCGCUAAAUGGGAUUCGUGGCUGGCCUGAGGUUUCCACAGCAACUGGCCAUCCGCUUCCAUUAUUUCUCUAAUGAGGACAGCCACAAGGAUUUAACACGGUUCCUCGCUGCGCGUCUCUGAUUUUUGGGCUGAAUCUCCAGACGCGACAAAGGUCUGCACAUGGGGGCGGGCAAAAGCAAGCCCAAGGAGCCGGGCCAGCGCUCCAUGAGCCUGGACGGCACCAUCGGCACAGGCUCGGACAGCGGGCACUUCCACCACCUGGGCCCUGCCCAGCAGACCCAAACUCCCAACAGGAGCCCUGCGGUGGGGACGGGCAGGCGGGGGCAUCAAGGGCAGCACCAGCUCGCCCCGACAAACACUCCUGAGCUGGCUCUCUUUGGAGGGGUGGACCACACAGGCACCAUCACCUCGCCCCAGAGAGGACCUCUGUCAGGAGGUGUCACUACAUUUGUGGCGCUGUAUGACUAUGAGUCACGGACAGCAUCUGAUCUGACCUUUAGAAAAGGCGACAGGCUGCAGAUUGUCAACAACACGAAAAAGUACAGCUUCAGAGAAGGGGACUGGUGGCUCGCUCGCUCCCUGACGACAGGAGAGAGUGGAUAUAUCCCCAGCAACUAUGUGGCUCCGUCCGACUCCAUCCAAGCAGAAGAGUGGUAUUUUGGGAAGAUCACUCGGCGCGACUCCGAGAGGCACCUUCUGAACUUACAGAACAGACGAGGAACCUUCCUGGUGAGGGAGAGUGAGACCACUAAAGGGGCAUAUUGCCUGUCAGUGCUGGAUUACGAUAACACCAAAGGGCUGAAUGUUAAACAUUACAAGAUCAGGAAGCUGGACAGCGGAGGUUUCUACAUCACCUCCCGCACCCAGUUCACAAGCCUGCAGCAGCUAGUCUUCCACUACCGCAAGCACUCUGAUGGGCUGUGCCACGCUCUGUCAGAUGUGUGUCCUGUGGCCAAACCUCAGACCCAGGGACUGGCCAGGGAUGCCUGGGAGAUCCCCAGAGAGUCCCUCCGCCUCGACCUUAAACUGGGACAGGGCUGCUUUGGAGAGGUCUGGAUGGGCACAUGGAACGGUACAACACGGGUAGCCAUUAAGACCCUAAAGCCUGGCACUAUGUCUCCAGAGGCCUUUCUUCAGGAAGCACAGGUCAUGAAGAAGCUGAGGCACGAGAAGCUGGUCCAGCUGUACGCCGUUGUGUCUGAGGAGCCGAUCUACAUUGUGACAGAAUACAUGAGCCAAGGUAGCUUACUGGACUUCCUUAAAGGGGACGCAGGAAAGAUGCUUCGUCUGCCUCAGCUAGUAGACAUGGCCGCUCAGAUUGCAGCAGGCAUGGCGUAUGUGGAGAGGAUGAACUACGUCCACAGAGACCUGCGCGCUGCCAACAUCCUGGUGGGAGACAACCUGGUGUGUAAAGUGGCCGACUUUGGCCUGGCAAGACUCAUUGAAGACAACGAGUACACUGCGAGACAGGGAGCAAAGUUCCCAAUCAAGUGGACGGCACCAGAGGCAGCUCUGUACGGUCGUUUCACCAUCAAGUCAGAUGUCUGGUCCUUUGGUGUGCUGCUCACAGAGCUGGCAACUAAAGGCAGAGUCCCCUAUCCAGGUAUGGUAAACCGCGAGGUGCUGGACCAGGUGGAGCGCGGCUACAGGAUGCCCUGCCCCGCAGAGUGCCCCAGUUCCUUGCACGAGCUCAUGCUCUCCUGCUGGAGGAAGGACCCCGAAGAGAGGCCUACGUUCGAGUACCUGCAGGGCUUCCUAGAGGACUACUUCACCUCCACAGAACCCCAGUAUCAGCCUGGGGAAAACCUAUAGAACCACACACUGAACCGAAACCUGGGGGAGAACCUCAACACAGAGCGAUCUGCACUAACCGACCUCAGAGGAGCACCUGUGGGAGGAUCUGAGCCUGUGAAAGUAAUCUGGGAGGAACUUGAGAUUCUUCUGUGGAAGUGAAACCGAAACCUGCAGAAGUCCCAUCAUGUGCCAUAAAGAAACUGCUACAGAAGAACCUGAAGAACCUCCUCUCCGUGAGCACUCACUGUUUACUGAAGGUUUUCCUGCAGGAGUGAGGUGCAAGACUGUGAAGGAGAACUGGUGGACAGACUCUGGCUCUGAUCUGAUGAUUUUUGAGUGGUGCGACUAAUGUGGGAGGAACCGAAUCAGGAUCUACAGACGGAGCGAGCGGGAAAAGAAUAAAGCUCCUGUCGAAGAGAGAAGGUCAAGGGAGGAUAUUUCGGGCAUGAGCUGUUUAGCGAAACCUCCCUCUUUCCCUCUUCUGUCUUGUCUCUUUACCCUCACCUGGUACCUUUUCCGCCCACAGAAGAGCACUGCCACUGUGGCUCAGGUGCCAAAGGAAAGUCUGUCUCUCUUAACGUCCUUUAUCUCCCUUCUGCCUCUCUCCUCUCUUUUCUCUAUUUCUGUCAGACUUUCAGUAUCUCCCUCCAGUUUUUCUCAAGUGCUGCUUCUUCAAAGUGUCUCCAAAUAACUCAGCUCUGGAACUCUACUUUGCAUCUUUAUUUAUGUUUACUUGGACAAUAUGCGUCCUGUGGUUUAAGGUUUUCGUUCAGUGGCAGACAAAAAAAAUUUCUCUUGAUUUUUUUUUUUUUUUUUUUUUUUUUGUGAUUAUCAAUAGGCAAGGUUGUUAGAACCACUGUCAUGGUAGUGCCAGGGUAAAUGUACUCAACAGGCAGGUUCUGUAACAUUAAAAAUUAGGUCAGUUGAAUUCAAAUUUGAGGCCUUUCUCUCUCUCGUUUAAACUCUCCUUUUCUGUUCAAGCUGUGUUUCUCCUGAACGGCCGCAGCGGCCAGCUGGAUCCAACCUCGACAAUUAAAAAUGAUUUUGAUGCAGGUAGCGUUUGAAUGCUUGUUUUUCUGAUUGACCUUGAUUUAACUGGAAAGUCAGAUUUGAAAAUAAUCAGCACUGUUACGGUGGCACUAAAGAGCAGUUUCAAUAGUUAUCAGCUCAUUUCCUCAGAGGCAUAAAUGGGCUAUCUUUCAUCAAACAUUUAUGUGACCUACUAAGAGGCUACCAAACCAAUCAUAUUACUGUUUAAUAUUCAACUCAGCUCAAGACGGGGAAAACCCAGAGUAUAAAAGCCUACGUUGUUGUGUGCCAAACUAAUCACAUUUCUUUACUGCUGUCCAUGUAUAUAAUGUUUUAUUAUCAAGGGGCUAACGUGGGGGGUUUAGUUCUUAAACUUUAAAUAAAACUGCACCAUUUCCCCAGUAAACGCCAUGUCAGUGAGUAAACUGGACAGAUACACCUGUUGAAGGUAUACUAUGCAGGAUUGUCGGCUACUGUUUGAGAAAGUUAAAAGCCAACCCCAGAAUUACUCUUGUUCGGAAUUUCACCUCGUUAUAUUUGUGGUUUUUCAACAUUUUUUCUCUUGGAUGCCUGCUGCUUAUGGUCUUGCAUCUGGUCGCCACCUUUUUAGAAAUCCCCAACCUCACCUGAAUGCUGUUGGGGUACACCAAGCCCCCAGGAACAGCACCAGGCUUUGAAGCCAAUUUUACAUAGUGGCCAAAUGUGGAAUUACAACGUCUUGUUCUGUCACGUGAUGCCACUGGGCCCCAAAAAGACCUUUUCCAUGGACUUACAUUGUAAAAGGGACGCUUUUAAAUCACUGGAUACAUCUUUUUGAGCGUCACAACCAUUUUGAAAUGACUAACUAUCAGGAUUUGAUUCAUUUGGUCCAGUAAUAUUUCAAAAGUCAAGAAGAGUCACACAAAUCAUUUCAUCCCCAAUCAAGUUACCUUAUUGCUAAACCAGAAGUUAGCCACUCUGCCACAGAAAGUCUUGUGCACUUGCUCUAUGACCCCAUGGACGGAUUACUGACCUACCAGGCAGAGGCCUAGGGGUCCAAAGUGUCAGGGGCACCUUGGCCUUUUUGUGCAAAAUGUCAAAUUAACACGUACCGACCAGGAGGAAACUCAGCAUGGCCACAGAGAGACACAAACCUACGAAAAGAUGCAUAACGACCAUAAAGAGACGCAAAACCACCCAUAAGUCUGUGUGUCUUGCUCCUCUGUAGGAGAGGUGGUGGGGCUCUCUGCAUAUUUGUGCCCAGAGGCCCAUUGUCUUAUAAUCCGCCCAUGUAUGGGCCCCAUGAUGCAGAAGUUCCAGGUAAUUUCAUACUGAGGAAAUAAAACUUUUGUGGCUACAUGUGCCACUGAGCAACUUUCAUAGGAAUGCGUGGGCUCCUGCCUGUACGCUGCCAACGCUGUAUCCAGUUCUCUUUAGACAUCCAUGGGGUACACACCCGUAAAAGUCCCGAACACAGAAAGAAUAAAGACAAUAGAGGCAGAAGGCAGAGUCUCUGCAGAAAAACACACCGCCACACACUUCCAGUGGUUCAUAAGUGAUGUUUAAGAGGGAUUACUUCUGUGUGAGUCUUAUAUGUUUUUUAGAAAAACCCUGCAUAGUAUAUCUUUAAGGCUUCAUUCACUUCACAGCUGUUGUGUCCAUAAAAAUAUGCAACCAGGCGGCCCUAAUGAAACUGUAAAACUCUAAUCAGGUAACCCUAAUGAAACUGUGUUUAUGACUUAAUAUAGGAGUUGAUUUUGAAACCAGUUAGCAUGCUUUUGUGCUGUUCUUCUCUUGACCAUUGGCUGGGUUUGUAUUUAUGCUGUACUGUACAUCAACAUGUGUAUGUUUACUUUGCUCAAGGUUCAGGGGGAGGCGAGGGGAUCAUGAAAACAGACUUCUGAACAUUUGUGCCAUCAACCUAUAAUUAUUUCUUUGAUUAUAUCUUACCCACUGCUGCCAGCUCUCACUGUCAUACUGUACAUACUGUAGCUCCUUAGGGUCGGUUUUGUAUCAUGUAAGCCACUUUUAAAUGGCAGAUAUUUAUGUUGGGUGUCACACAUUUCACAGUGGUUUAGUUUAUGAUGUAGUCGAUGCAGCAACAGUAGAUAUAAAGUUAUAGAUUGUUGCCAACAAAUACUAUGAAAUCAGUUCUCAAAAUAUGAGCCAUGCAGCAAUAAGAUUCCUUCUAAAAACCAUGAAAUAAUAAAUAUCCAGAGAUGAUGAAUCCUGACGGCUAAUUGAAUCAAUAAUAUGGACGAUUCUGAAACCAUGAUGAAAACGGAGUUUGGGUUGUGAUAUGAAAAAUGAGGUCAAAGAUGUAAAUAGUAUCUUAAACAAAUGACUGUGACUAUCAUGUAAUUUGUUUUUGUAUAGUUUUUCUUUAAUUGCACCUCCAUGUCGAGGUUUUUACAGUGACGCACGCCUGCUCCCAAAAUGUUUUAAUAAUAAGAUGCUACUGUAAAUGGGGCUUGAGGAAUGUUUUUAAUUUUGGAUUUAUCGCAUCUGCAUAAGACAAUUUAAAAUUGGGCUCGAUAUAUAUAUUUCCGAGAACAUGCUAUCAGUGCUUUCCUCUUUAAGAAUUGGAAAUCCCCAGGUUGUUCUGACGCACUGAGCCGCCUCUAAGUCACUGGGACAAUGUGGAAGUUGAUGGGCUCAUGACACGUAUGAGUAAUGCCAAGGUCUGAUUGGAUUUUCUGUGCCAUAUUAAAGAAGAAGUGUCUCUGUCUCUCUUUUUUUUAUGUUUUACUUUUUUAUAAAUCUAUGCAGUUUUGGUCUGGCAUUCCUGCAACUUCACGGCCAUUUUGUUCUAAAGUCAAAAAUCAUAAACAGAAGGUGUGAGCAUUUUGUAAGGACUUCUCUUUUUUUUGUUUCUGAUGUAACAGGAUUGAAAUGGGUAUCGUGCCACUUUAUGUUGAUCUUUAAAUGUGCAAUAAAUUAUAUUUCAAAUGUG